AUGCCUGAGGCGUCCACUGGACCCAGGUCCGAAUUUCCGCCUCUCGUGAUACGUGGCAAGCAUCCCCAGGAAAAUUGCGAGCUUCAACCUGUCGCCAUAUUUUAUUCUCCCACCGUGACUAGUCUCGAUCUUGAAGCCAAAGCCAACUCCCACUCAUCCUCUGAUGAGGUCCCUGACUCUGGUAGCGCUUUCGCAUCCGAUAAUUCCUCUCCUGAUAGCUCCGACUCAUCAUCUGAUGACGAAUCUGACACCUUCUCCUCAAAUGGCUCCAACUCGUCUUCGCCUAAUAGCUCAUCUCCUGACAGCCUCCACACGACCUUUCCCGAUAGCAACAUCUUGAAACCAAGCGAUUUGUUUGACGAUGGCUUCGAGGAAAAUGUGGAAUCCCAACUAAGAGCCGCUUGGGAUACAUCUUCUCAGUCCGAUUCCGAUGCUGAAACCGUUAUUUUGUGCAACCCUACUGCUAGGAGUGACUCGGACACAGUCUCUACUAAGAACUUUGACCCUGAAGAGUCCGGGACUGUAUCUGGCGAUUUCAUCCAAGGGGAUCCUCGUGCUGAAAAGAGCGACACGUCGGAUUCUGCCAGUGACAAUGGCUCUGACUCGUCCUCUCAGGAGUUCUCCGACACCUUUUCCCCAACCGGCCCCCGCUCUCACUCGCCUGCUAGCUCUACAUCAUCCCAAGACUCCCUCGACAUCGAUGAUGAUGAGCCAAACCUCUCCGAAGGCUCCCACUACAUCUGUGCAUACGCUUCCCCCGUUCAUGAUGGCCAUCGCAUCAGGACCAGCUGCGAUAGAAAUGAUGAUACUGGUAUCUGGCACGUUGAACCGGACGGGUUUAUCAACGAAGCCAAACGGGCUGGAGGGCCGUACCUUUGCUCUUUCCCAGUCAAAAUGCAAAAAUUGAAGCCUGGGGACCCUCUGAGCGACGUCCUCGAGGACUUUGUCCUCAUUCAAAAAAUAUUGGCAAGUCUUGAUGAACACAAUGUUCACCCAAUCUCAAUGAAACUUAGGGAAUGCGAGCAUGAAAAAGACCUUUUCAAUUGGACGCCUACUUUGAUCUUCUCUGCCAUUCGUAACACCUUCGAUGACUCUUGGAUCUUGGCAUGUCGCCAGAUCUGGAAACACUUUUCGGAUGCAGGUCUGGGACAAGUCAAUAUCGAAAUAUCAGACCCGGAGAUGUACACACGCUCCUUGUGGCCAAUUCAGAAAUCCGAUCCGGUCUGGUCAGUCCACGAGGAAUUACAGCGCAGAAUGAUGGCUGAGAUUGAUCUUACGGAUAUGUGCGCAAUUAUGACGAUACAUGUGGGAAUGACCCAGGACAGAGAGAAAAUGCCGCUGGCUGUGUUUAUGGUCGUACGCUAUCAGAGCACUCGGGACUGGCGCGAUACGAGGGAUCUGCUUGUGGGCAUUCUAGAUGACCUAAAUCUUCCUAUGGUGGGGGUCGUCAUCACGAAGGGCGAAACCUUGAGAGGGUGA